UCGCCGUGUUCAGCUCCAGUUUUCCUCUUCGUCUGGGGCCACGUCCUCUGUUCCACCGAAUAUAAAGGGAAAUCAUUGAAUUUUUCCAUGUGAAAAACCGUCGAAAACACAAAGAAAUCUGGGCUGUGGCUAUGUUUUAUUUGCGCAGUAUUUAAUUCCUCCAUCUACCAAAAAGUUCGAAAGAGGAGAGUUCAAAAGUCAAAGAGGUUAGUCAAAUAAUUCUGGAAAAAUAUGUCUGGCUUUGAGGAAAAUCCCUUCGGCGAGCCAACUGUCAACGAUCCAUUCUCGGAUCCCUCAGUGAAACGAGCGGUUGGAACAAAUCCUGCUCCUCGAGGAAUUGAGGAUUAUAAUCCAUUUGCUGAGCCUGGAUCACAGGCAAAUACUCAGCAAGUUCGUGGGGCAUCAAAUCCACCACUUUAUGGUGGAUAUGGUGCAACACCUAUUCCAGCCACAUUACCGGCUACAAAUCAAGACCCACCACCUCCGGUUUAUGCACGAUCACCACAACAAACAGCUCCUACAACGUUGUCACCAAGUGCUGAGCAACAGAGGGCCGAAGAGGAGUGGAAAGCCAGAAGUGAGGAGGAGGCAAGACGACCGGCAUAUCCUCCUAAUGGAAAUAAUUGGCCACCAUUGCCUGACAAAUGCUGUUUUCAGCCGUGUUUUUAUCAGGACAUUGACUUCGAGAUUCAACCGAAUUUUCAAAGAAUUGUCAGACACCUCUAUUACCUCUGGAUGUUCCACGGUUUGGUAUUACUACUGAAUGUAGUGGGGGGAUUUGUCCUGUUGCUGGCAGAUGGGGAAUUCACAACCUUUGGUCUCGGUAUUCUCUACUUCAUCCUUUUCACACCAUUUUCAUUCGUCUGCUGGUUCCGGCCGGCGUAUAAAGCCUUCAAGACCGAUAGCUCCAUCAACUUCAUGGUUUUUUUCUUCAUAUUCUUCUUCCAGCUAAUUGUGACGGGUAUUCAGGCUAUUGGAAUACCUGGGGCUGGCACGUGUGGUAUCAUAAAGGCGAUAGACUCGUUUGGUAGCAGUGCAAAGGACACUUUCGUUGGAAUUCUGAUAUUAUUGAUCGCCAUUUGUUACUGUAUCGCUGUUGCUGGUGACCUUUUACUUCUCUCCAAGAUUCACCGAAUGUAUCGCUCUUCUCCAGCGAGCAUGUCGAAAGCCCAGCAAGAAUUUACCUCGACUUUCCUGAGAAACGAACACGUUCAAAAUGCUGCGGGUAACGUAGCAGCAAGUGCAGUUCGUGCACAAAUGUCAAAUGCCACCCAAUCGCGUUAUUAAAUACGAACAAUUCGUGAACUCAUCGAAGGAAACGAAUAAAAAAUUAAUAAAAAUCAAUAACUAAAAUGAAAAAAACACUGAUGUAGAUACUGCGUUUCACCUUCACGAUAGUUCAGCUCGACGAGUAGAAUUAUUUUUCCCCCAAGCUCUGAUAUCUCUUUCGAACUGGAGGGCUUUAUCAGGGUACGUGGCGUUCGAAUUUAUUAUGGAAGAAUGAACAAAACUCAUCAAUUUUACACAAUAUAGGAAAUACACGUGCAAAGGAAUAACAUUAAUAUUCAAUAAUUCGUCGUAUCGUUUAUUGCUUUAUUGAGUCAGUGGAGGUUUAUCGUUAUUGUUUCGUUAUUGUUCCCACGAAAUGUGUGAGUAUUAAUCGAUACACCAUAAAUGGUGACGAUGCAAUUUGAUGUGGAGUGACAUGUUAAAGUUAUUUCUGGUGAUAAUGACUAUUAGAUUGCGUGUAAUUUUACAUAAGGUGUCGUAUUACAUGCGUCGUCAGUCUGACAAUUUUCAAUUUUGUUGAAUUAGCUAAAUUAAUUGCGUUGAGAAUUUAUUUAGUAAAAAUUCCCUCUGGUUUAAUACUAGUCCGUCACAAUUCAAUGAUAUUCGAGGAAUGGAUGACUGUGGUUGUUUUUCUAUGGAGUCAGUACUAAUCGUUUUUUAUUGAACACGUGUCUUCACCUUUGACAGAAAAUUCUAAUGUGCAUUGAUUUACCAUUUAAUUCAAUCUUCAGCGGAGAAAUACAUAAUUCAGAUAAAAACCCUGAAGUGACUAGAUGAUGGUUUAGACAAGCUAUGCAAACGAGUGUAUAUCGUUAUUUUUGUAUAGUUUUUAGGGAAAUAUAAACCAAUCAUUUUA